CCGCGGUCACGUGACUCGGGCCCAGCAGGAGCCGAAGCUAGCGGUCCGGCUCCGGAGCGGGAGGGCCGAGUGGCCCGGCCCCCAGCCCGCCGCGACCAUGCUGUCCCGGCUGCUGAAGGAGCACCAGGCCAAGCAGAACGAACGCAAGGAGCUGCAGGAGAAGAGGAGGCGAGAGGCUAUCACUGCAGCGACCUGCCUGACAGAAGCCUUGGUGGAUCACCUCAAUGUGGGUGUGGCCCAGGCCUACAUGAACCAGAGAAAGCUGGACCAUGAGGUGAAGACCCUACAGGUCCAGGCUGCCCAGUUUGCCAAGCAGACAGGGCAAUGGAUUGGGAUGGUGGAGAACUUCAACCAAGCACUCAAGGAAAUCGGGGAUGUGGAGAACUGGGCUCGGAGCAUCGAGCUGGACAUGCGCACCAUCGCCACUGCACUGGAAUACGUCUACAAGGGGCAGCUGCAGUCUGCCCCCUCCUAGCCCCUCUGCCCUCCCCAUCUUCCCCACUCCUCCUGCCUCCCCAUGGGGCAGGAGGGAGGCUCACAGACCAUGAAUAAAACACAAUCCUCCA